AAAUAAAAUAAAUUAUAAUAAUCUGUUGUUGAGUUUCCAAAGCAAAUUGCAUUCCCGUUUCACAAGAACCAGUGACUGUGAUCGUCCGAUUCUCUAUCCCCUCUUCCGGCGAGACGACGACGACUCUUCCGGCGAGACGACGACGACGUUGAAUUUGAUAGUAUUGAUUAAUGCAAUCGUCUACUAUCUCUUGCUAAUCGAUUUCUACUUCCAGUUUUUCAGGGAAUUGAGCACUGACUCUCACCACUCACACCAAACAGAUCAGUUGCCUAUGCUCAAUGGGCCUAUGCUGGAGCUGGAGUAGGGCAUCAUGGUUAUUUGGACGUGAAUCUGUGAGUGAGCAGAAUGAUCCAUUGCAUAAUGCAGGAGAAAACGUUCAUCUCAUCACAACAGUUGAGUGUUGGGAAGAUAAACUUUCAGAAGCAUCUAGGGAUGGCAAGAUAGUGGUGGCAAAUUUUAGUGCAAGUUGGUGUGGUCCUUGUAAAGGGAUCGCUCCAGUUUACUCAGAUCUUGCUGAUAAAUAUCCUUCCUUGAUUUUCCUGACUCUGGAUGUAGAUGAUCUUGCCGACUUGAGUACCUCAUGGGAUAUCACAGCCACUCCAACCUUCUUCUUCCUCAAAGAUGGGAAACAAAUACUUGACAAACUUGUCGGGGCCAACAAGGCAGAGCUUCAGAAGAAGACAACGGCUGCUGCUUCUAGCCGAUGAUUCAUUUGUUAGCUACCUAACUUUAUUCUUCUUUUUCUUUCAAUUUCAUAUAUUUGAUCCUUUACAAAUUGAAGAAUGUUCAUUUAGCGUUAGAGACCAAAAAAGGGGGGUAUCCUUCUGUCGGCUAUCUUGGAGAAUCAUAGCUUUUGUCAAAGGUAUAAUGUCGGUAUUGAAGUUUUUUAGUGUGUUU